AUGGCGUACCGGUUGUAUGUUGAACGUAAGCUUGUGAGAACACGUUUCCCCAAAACAGUUGCCGAAUCAAAGAGAAAAGAAGUCAAAAUGGAUAAAGAUUACGCGGAAAUUUGUAGUGAAAAAACGAUUUUUGCGGAGCAACAGGGAUUUUUUGGUGAAAUGUUUGAUAUUGUUAAGAAUUGUUGUACGGAAAAAUGGUUAAAAACCAAAUUUGAAGUAUUGACGACCGAUGCGGAUAAAUUGAGAUUGAUUUUUGAUGAGCCGAAUGUGAGCGAUAUGUUGCUUGGAACAUUGGAGCACGUAAUACCAGUUUAUCGGAAAAAAGAUUGUUCCUUUUCCUAUCAAAGACGUAUACAAGGUGAAAGUUUACAUCAGCAAAACGACUUGGAUAAUGCAUUAAUUCUAUUGACACAAGCCGUGCUUCGUGCACCCUCUAAGGGCAUGGAUAUACGACACGAUGCUGGAUUAACACUUGCAUUGGCAUUAUGGUCGCGAUCUGCUGUUUUACUUGACCUAAAUCGAGGAAGUGAUGCAUUAGUCGACAUACAAAGUGCUAUCGAUAAUGGUUUGGAUGAUUUGAAAAAGCAGCUCGAAUACUAUGUUCGUUUGGCUAAAGCGAACGCAAUGAUGGGAAAUGAGAGUAAAACAAAAAUUUGUUUGAAUCUUGUAAAAAGUUUCUGUGGUGCUGGCGCUCAAUACGAUGACAUCGUAAGUGAAAUCAAGCAAAUCAAACCGCACCCGACAAUCGUAAAGAUCGAUGUGCCAGACCUUAGCGAUUGUGAACAUGAAACGUUGAAACAUACAACGAGAAAACUUGAAAUUCAAUCGACACCAGAAUGUGGAAAUUUUGCUGUUGCAAGCGAACCGAUACACACCGGUGAAACGAUUGUUGUUGAAAAGCCGAUUGCUGCGUGUUUGCUGCCAAAAUUCUUUGGAUCACACUGUUUACAUUGUUUGAGACGAAUUGAAGUGGCGUACGCUUGUUCCGAUUGUUCCGGAGUUGCAUUCUGUUCCAUUGAUUGUCAAAAGGAAGCGUGCUCAACGUAUCAUGCAUAUGAAUGUAAAUUCAUGCACAUGAUGAUUGGCAGUGGCAUGUCAAUUCUAUGCUUCAUCGCAUUGCGAAUCAUAACGCAACAGUCAUCAGUUGAAAUGGCCAUUGAAAAAGGUCGGCAAAUUGUUCGUGAACUGUGCACCCAUUCCAGCCAGCGAAAAUCUACUGACUACUUACAACGUGCGGUUGCAUCAGCAUUUCUUCUGCGCAUUUUGCAAAAGAGUAACUUCUUUGGACGUCGUACAUCAGAAUCGGCUUAUCCAAACAGCGAACAUGAGUUUGAAAUUGGUGGAAUUCUGAUUGGUUUACUGCAGGCGCUUCAAUUUAAUGCACACGAAAUAUAUGAGACGAAAGCGUUUGAAAGUCAACAAAAUGUUGGCGGCAAGAAAAUGAUCUAUGUUGGUGCUGCCAUUUAUAAUUCGGCCGUUUAUUUUAACCAUAGUUGUUCGUCGGAUGUCAUUCGACACUUUGUGGGCACAUCCAUUGUACUCACUGCAUCCCAUCCAUUACAGCCGGGCGAUACAAUUUCCGAAAAUUAUGGACCGAUUUUCACAAAACAAACGCUUGCCGUGCGACAGAGAAACUUACGUUCACGAUAUUGGUUCGAGUGUAAAUGUAUUGCGUGCAAAGAAAAUUGGCCAACUUUUGAUAAACUUACAAAUAAAGCCAGAUUGAGGUGCUCAAACGCAAAGUGUACACAUCUAUUUAAUUAUCCCGAAAAGGCAAGGAAAAUUGUCAAGUGUCCGAAGUGCAAAGAAAUGACUAAUUUGGAAGUUCAAAUUGCCACACUCACCACUGCUGAAAACUUCUAUCGAACCGGCGCUGAGCAAAUGGAUGGCAAUCAACUCAGAGAUGCAGCAAAAUCAUUCAUUGAUGGCAUUAAUUUAUUUUAUUCGGUGGCCACACAACCACAUCGUGACACAUAUACUGCACAGGAAUCAUUGCGGGUUUGUCUAUCGAAUAUUGGACACAUUUAACCAUUGCAAAUGACACAAUAGAAUAUGAAGUUGUAGUUUUAAAAAAAUUGAGUGAAAAAUAAAAUAACCGGGACAACGCAUUUGUUUAAA